UAAAAAAAUAUAAAAUAAAAACCGUAUAUAUAUUAGGGUAGUAUAUACCAAAUACCAGAUUCCCAUGAACGGGUCAAGCAAGAUAAACAUCUUUUUUGCAACUACCAGCGAGUUGUUUCCGAACAUAACUCACUUACGGAUCCACUCCUCUCUCUCUCUCGUUCUUGCAAGAUUGCUAUGUUAGAUCCUUCAGCUAAAACCUACAGUCACCACUUGAGUUUCCCAACUGUUCCCAAUGAUCACUCAGAUUCCGGCGUCUGUUCUCCUACUCUGUGGAGCACAAGCCCACCGAGGAGUCCUCUUCACCGGCCGGAACACUACUCCAGCCUUUCUCCGGAUUCAAAGGCUCAGGCUAUCGCUCGUGGACAACGGGAGCUUAUGGAGAUGGUUAGUAAGAUGCCAGAGUCGUGUUACGAGCUUUCCUUGAAGGAUCUUGUCGAAGCGAGGGGAAACGAAGAGAAUAACGACAGGAAGAUCUUCGAUGAGUUGACUCAGAGAACAGGUAAGGUUGUGAGGAAGACGAAGAGUGGUAAACGGGUUGAUCCGAGUGUAAACAACGGUGGGUUUCUUCUCAAAAUGAUGUUUCCGUUUAGCUUCGGAUCUAACAAAGAUACGGCGAAAAAGAAGAAGAAGAAGAAGAAGAGAAAGGGGAAGGAUUCUGUUAAAGAUUCUCAGGUUUCGCCGAGACCUUCGAUCUCUGAUGAGUCGGUGAAAACAGAGGAUAGAGAGUGGUGGAAUAGGUUGUCUGAGUCGAGGGGUAGUGAGAGCACAAAGAGGAGCGGUAGUAGCAAUAGCAACAGGAGCCUAAGCAGCAUAAGGGAUAAAAAGAGUAGCUGCUUGUUGUCUUUCCUCUGGUUUGUACGUUCACGAGACUAAAAGCGAGUUCUAACUCAAUGUAUGGUGGUGACCGCUUCUUGGCUAAAUAAAAACGUUCCAAGAACAGAGGAGAUGAGACAAGAGAGAUUAAAACCUUUGAAUGUGCGACGAAGAUGACAAGAUAAUACUCCUACAUUUUUUGCUUUGUUUUUUUUGUAAGCCUGUGUAUUGUUUUCGAUAAGGUUUUAUUUUGUGUAAUUAGAGUCUAAUGUGCACUGAUUAUCUCUCAAUUAUGGAAUUUUGAAUCCUACUUCAUGUACAGUAGUAUGUGUAGCUUAACUUUUUCUCUCCACUUGAUUGUCC